AUACUGUCAGCCGUGAAAAAUGUGAUCUCGGAAGCAUGUGGAGGGUGGUGAUUGAUUUUGAUCAAAUCAGGAACACAAAUUUAGAAAUUCAAAGAAGACGUGAGAGUUGUAUAAAUCAUACUCCACCUCCUUCAUACAAAGAAGUAACCGACAUGUUAAACCAUCAUAAUUCUUCUAAUAGGGAAAGGGAAUGA